AACUGUAAUCGGUAAUACAUGUAUAAACAAAGAUAAGAUGGUGUCUAUGGUUAAGAUACAGCUAUCUAUCAAGGUAAUGGUUUGGUAAUUGGAAUUUCUAGGACAUCGAAUAACUUCAGCGUUUAUUAAGUUUAUCACAAACAAAUCCGAAAACAUUUGAAUCAUCAUGAACGCCGAAGAUUUCCGAAAAUAUGGACGCAAAAUGGUGGACUAUAUUGCUGACUACUUGGAAAACAUCCGAGAACGCGAGGUAGUGCACAAAGUUACCCCUGGUUAUCUCAAAAAAAGACUUCCGGACGAGGCACCCGAAAAUCCGGAGGACUUUGAGGAAGUUUUCAAAGACAUCGAAAAGUUCAUAAUGCCCGGGGUUACACACUGGCAUAGCCCAUAUUUCCAUGGGUACUUUGCAGCUGGUAACACAUACCCUUCCAUACUGGGAGAUAUGCUCUCUGACGCUAUUGGAUGUAUUGGCUUUUCGUGGGCUGCAAGCCCUGCGUGCACAGAGCUGGAGGUUAUCACUACAGAUUGGUUGGGAAAGAUGCUUGCACUUCCGGAAGAAUUCUUACAUUGUGGACCCGGGAAUGGUGGUGGUGUUAUCCAGAGCACGGCCAGCGAAACGACAUUUCUUUGUCUUCUUGCUGCUCGAAAUAAAAUUGUGGAUAAAAUCAAGAAGGAGAACCCGGAUAUUAGGGAAAAGGACAUUUUACCACGGCUAGUUGGUUACUGUACAGAUCAGGGAAAUUCGUCGGUCCAUCGGUCAGCACUACUGGGCGCCGUUAAAAUGCACAAACUGGAAAGCGACGAAAACUUAAGCCUCCGUGGGGACACACUGAAAGAAGCAAUUGAAAGGGAUAAAAAUGAUGGACUUAUACCAUUUUUCUUGUGUGCAUCCCUUGGAACUACGGGAACGUGCGCAUUUGAUAAUUUGGAGGAAAUAGGACCAAUAUGUGAAGCCGAACAUAUAUGGAUGCAUAUUGAUGCUGCGUACGCAGGAAGUGCCUUUGUAUGUCCAGAGUAUCGUCAUUAUAUGAAAGGCAUUCAGUAUGCAGAGACGUUUAGCGUGAAUCCACACAAAUGGAUGCUCAUCAACUUCGAUUUAUCUGUUAUGUGGAUAAAGAACAGUUCCUACUUGGUGGACGCAUUUAAUGUUGAUCCAAUUUAUCUCCGUCACACGAACGAAGGAAAGGUACCAGACUAUAGGCAUUGGCAAAUUCCUUUGGGCCGACGGUUUCGUUCUCUUAAGUUGUGGUUCAUGCUGCGGUCUUACGGAGUUAGUGGUGUGCAAAAGUACAUUAGGAAGCAUUGUCAGCUGGCAAAAGAGUUCGAAAAACUGAUCUUGGACGAUGGAAGAUUUGAAAUUACAUCAAAAACUGUCAUGGGUCUUGUUUGUUUUCGACUCAAGAAAGGGAACAAACUCACAGAGCUGCUGCUCAGCGAGAUCCUGGAAGACGGGAGGAUCUAUAUGAUCCCAGCCUUAUGUAGAGACGUGUAUUUUCUUCGUCUUGCGGUAGUAGCUGAAAGAACAACAUCAGAAGAUAUUCGCUUCUCCUUUGAGGUUAUUAAGACUUGUGCCGACAAAGUGCUCCGCUCCUCGGGUGAUUUUAAGGAGGAUGAGCCUGUCUUUGUGGAUAUUGAUCUCUCGAGAAAAAAGCCUACUCAACCAUCGAAGAUCAAAACACACAAGUGAUAUGUUUUUUUUCUUCGGUUUAUUAGAGGAAAGAAAUAGUUGACAUUUAAGUUUGUUUGAAAUAUUGUUUUUAUUUUUCAGAAAGGAAAUCGAUUAAGAUUAAUUGAGUUAAGACUGAUUUUUUGGUAUAGUCACACUCAGAACAUAUUAUUUCGUAUAUAAAAAUUUAGUUUUUAUUCAUACUUUUUAUGCAAAAAUCUGAUUUGAACCAUAUCUGUAUUUUCAAAAACAAUGAUAUGUAUAUUGUGCCAAUUCUUGUUGUUGAUUUACUUUAUAAUAAUACCUUUGUUACUUCAAAGGGUGGUUGUAGUUCAAAUAACGUAUUUUAAACUUUUCUUACUAGUAAUUGUCAAAAUUUGGUAUAUUUGAUAUAAUAUACCAGUAGUCAAGUAUACAAUUGAAUAUUCUAAGCUAUUGAAAAGGUUCAUUGUAAGACUGUGACAAUUAUGCAAAACGUUAAAUACGACUUCGUUUAAUUUCAAUUUUAUUUUAUAAAAUUUUGCGACGGAGAUAAAAGAAAUAUGUUUUCAGUAGAUUUUGGGUUAAUUCUUAGCUGGUAUCUACAUAUAUAGUGUAACUAAAGUGAUAAAAGUUUGUGCUCUUUUCUAUUGACAUUCAUUUUUCUUGUGUUUCUUUUCUGCAGCUGGUAUUUCCGCAAUUCUUUUUAUUGAUAUUUCGUUUGUUUCAUUGUAAAUUAUUAAAGGAUAUAAACGAAAAUUGUUACUGUCAAUAGUACAUCUGACGUAUGAUAAUAUUCCUUUUAGUAAGUUAGAUUUAAGCAAUAUCUGUUUCUCUUUAAUUACGUUAUUUUCUUUAUUAAUAUAAUAAUAUAUACAUGCAUGUAAUAAUAAUAUCAGUUGAUCACAACUAAUAAAGUUUUUCAUACAUCACAA